ACGUUUGCUUUUUUGUCUCCCUUUUUCUUUCCGCCGUUGCGCGAUUGCCGCCCGUUGAGCAAUAUCGUCGCGUCGACUCGAGUGAUUUAAGCGUGACUGCGACAAUUGCGGUGCGCGCGGACGCGCAUAACCUCGACGUGCGAUCGCGAGUGUCAGCACGAGGCUGUCAAGGUGCCGAGAUGGAGACGCCGAGUCGUCAUCCUCGUGGACUCGUGUGCUAGUUGUGCACAAUUGUGCAAUAGUGGCCAAAAUGCACGAUGUGUGCCGCGUGUUUUUACAGAGAGAGGAGAAAUGGUUUUUUUCUUUCUGUAUCGCGUGAUCGAAGAAUUUGUGAUUUAAAUCUUUGAUACUUUUGAUGCACCGAGUUUGAACGUGCAGAUAUAACAGUAACUAGAUUUUAAUAACCGUUGCUGCAACGUGUCUCCGUCUUAUGCGUAAUUGCACCAAAGAUACCGAACAGUGUGGACAAGUUAUGGCUGGUGGCGAUAAUAUGCGACUUCAACCUGGUCAAACUCAUCAAAUGGGAGUGAGCAGGACUCAAGAUGACGCCAUGGUUGGUUAUGUGUUUCAACGACCUACAGAGCCAGAAUUUACUACCCAAUCUUCGACGUUCCAAGCAAAGCAGACUCCAAGAGCUUGGGCUUUAGCAGAUGACGUUAUCGUUGAUAAUCAGGAAAAAUGGAAGUAUUCCGUGACUAAGCUCGGUGUACCUCAGCAGAGUCAAUCUCAACAGCUUGGAUUAACUAUGAACAACGUACAUUUACCAUACGAAAUACAUCCUAUGCAAUUAAAGAGUGGAGGGCCUGCGGAGCAUUUGGUUUACCUGAACAAUCAGAUGACUCCUCAACAACAAGUAGCGCUCUUCCAUCACCAACAACAACAACAGCAACAGCAACAACAAUUUAGAAACGGACAGAUCGCUCCCUCGGCAAAAAAGCUCUGGGGCGUGGACGAGGGUGGCUCCAAGGACGAGGGGGGUGUCAAAGGCGGUGGGACCCUGCUACACCUGGGCGACCACCAGACUACCAUGUGGCGAGAUUCCACAUGGAGCACGUCAGAUCACGCAGUGUCACAGCCAAUCUCGAUGGGUACAAGUAGACGUGUGGGAGUCGGCACGGGCUAUCACCAUCAAGCAUCAGAAGUCGGAACGGUGCUCAGUCCGAGAGGCAGCGAAACCGGCGGGUUGGGAGUCAAAAUGGUCGAAUAUGUUCUUGGAACGAGUCCUACUACACCGAAAGAUUUGGAACCUCGUAUGGUUAACUUGAGAUUGAACACUGAUGCAGACAAGAAAGAAAAAGACAAAGGUUCGGCAAGUCCCUUUGACAGCACAAAGGACGACACUGGACCACAGGGUAACGGAUUAGCCUCUCAAAAUGGGUUGGAUGAUGACAAAGGAUUUAAUCGUACACCCGGCAGCCGUCAGCCCUCACCAGGCGAAGAAGAAUUUCAGAAAAAUGCUGCUGCUACGCUGGUGAGUGCCGGUGGCGGCGGCGUCGUACUUUUGAAACCCGGAGUUGACGUUGUCGGCAGCGAGGAACAUUUUAUGGCAGCAUUUGCGCCGGCACCGCCUCAUCAUCUUCAACAUCAUCAGGCACCGCCGACUCAUCAUCUGCAACACCCGCACUCGCACGCGGCGGCGCAACUUUUUGGAGCGCAAGCUCCACCGCCGCCGCAGGGUCCACCACCCUCCCAACAACAGCAGCAACAAGGUCCACCGCAGCCGCAAGACACCACCACGCACUUUGACGUACAACAAUUGUUCCGUAGCCAGCCGCAGGGUGCCACACCGCAACAGUUGCAAUUGCUACAGCAGCAGCAACAACAGCAGCAACAACAGUACCUGGCCGCGUCACAGGUGCAACAGCAACAACAACAGCAACAGCAGCAAAACUUCCCCACAGCCCCGUAUACCGUUAUCAGCGGUCAAGAGCCUUACGUAGGAGCAUUGAUAGCCGGUGCACCGCCACCAGUGGUACCGCAGUACUAUGGAGUUGGGCCCUGGGUAUACCCUGCCGGGUUGCUGCCACAGGCACCACCUCAGGCAGCCGCGCCACCGCCACCUCGACGACCACUUACACCCUCAUCGGCGGCAGCCGCAGCCGCUGCCGCGCAGGACACCGCGAACAACCUGGCACAGACGGUUCAGGGUCAAUAUCAGGUGAUACCAGCCUACUACGAUCAAAACGGUUCCAUCGUAAUGGGAGGCGUGCGCGGUCUAAGUUCGACGGCGACCCCCAUGAGAUUGGUCAGUCCUGCGCCAGUUUUGGUAAACAGGGCUCCCUCUCAGCCUCCACCAGGUCCGCCUGCUCCGCCACCACCAAAUCUAUAUUCUCAACCGACCCCGACGUCGCACAGCAACGCUACGCCCGGGGAAUGCUUAGGUCUGGCAGCGUGCAGCGCAGCAGUGGUCGCGCAAGCCCAGGCAGUUGCGGUGCAACAGGCGCAGCAGCAGGGCUCGGGACUCGCCGCAGGUUUAGCGGCUCUAGGAUACGGCGGCUCCCCCCUUGGAGCAUUAGGCUCACCCGCCCAACUACAGAACACAGGUUUAGGCCUCGGUGCGUCCUCGACCGGCAGACGAGACUCCUUUGAUAGAAAUACUUCAGCCUUCAGUCCAAGCUUGGAAUAUAGCCGGGCGAAGUGGCCUCAGAGUUACGGCGCCCUCGGUACAGUUACCGCGUCACCGAGUCCACUUGGAUUGUCACUGACACCGCCACCGACCAUAGGGGGAUCCCUGGGUGGGCUUGUUGGAGGAGCUAGUAGAGUGUCAGCGGCUCCCGGUGCCGAAGCCAAGUUUCGUGCGAGCACAGUUCCUGCUUUGACAGCCAAUGGAGUGUUUGGCUCAAGUAGCUCUCUGUUUCCCAACCUCGUGGGUAAGCCCGGACGUGGAGGCGCCGCUAAUAUCAGCGAUAAGAACGCCGGCGGGCGAUCUCGUCUAUUAGAAGAUUUUCGAAACAACAGAUACCCGAGUCUUCAGCUGCGCGAUUUGGCUAAUCACAUAGUAGAAUUCAGUCAAGAUCAGCAUGGUUCGCGAUUCAUCCAACAGAAGUUGGAACGUGCCUCGGCCAGCGAGAAACAGCUCGUGUUCCAGGAGAUCCUCUCGUCCGCGUAUUCGCUCAUGACAGACGUCUUUGGAAAUUAUGUCAUUCAAAAGUUCUUCGAGUACGGUACACCGGAACAGAAGUCAACACUUGCUCAGAAGGUUCGAGGACACGUCCUGCCACUCGCGUUACAGAUGUACGGUUGUAGAGUGAUACAGAAAGCCCUCGAAUCAAUCGGGCCGGAACAACAGCAGGAAAUCGUCAGGGAAUUGGACGGGCACGUGUUGAAGUGCGUGAAGGAUCAGAACGGGAACCACGUUGUACAGAAGUGUAUCGAAUGCGUCGAACCAAGAGCGCUACAGUUCGUGAUAGGAGCAUUCGCCGGACAGGUCUAUUCCCUUAGUACACAUCCAUAUGGUUGCCGAGUAAUUCAACGUAUCCUUGAACAUUGCACGCCGGAGCAGACGCAGGGAAUUUUACAGGAGCUACACGCUGCUACUGAUCAACUCAUUCAGGAUCAAUACGGCAAUUACGUCAUACAACAUGUCCUCGAGCACGGAAAACCGGAAGAUAAGGCACAAUUGAUCAGCAGUGUCAGAGGCAAGGUGCUCGCUUUGUCCCAACACAAAUUCGCAAGUAACGUCGUCGAGAAGUGCGUGACUCAUGCCACGAGACAGGAACGCGCUGUGUUAAUCGAGGAAGUUUGCGGCUUCAAUGACAACGCUCUGAACGUAAUGAUGAAGGAUCAGUACGCUAAUUACGUCGUGCAGAAAAUGAUCGACGUCGCGGAACCAGCGCAGCGUAAGGUAUUGAUGCACAAGAUUCGCCCACAUCUGGGAAGUUUGCGCAAGUACACCUAUGGCAAGCACAUCAUCGUGAAGCUGGAGAAAUUCUUCAUGAAGACCGCCUCGGCGAUGGGAGUCGGAGCGACGUCGGCCAGCGCGUCGACGAGCGGCAGUGGCGGCGACCUCGGCCCGAUCGGACCACCCGCAUCCGCGGCGUCCGGCCCGGUGUCAACGUCGAGUCAACCACAGACACAGGUUUUAUAAAUACGCGCGCGCGCGCGUGCAUGCGCGGUCUUACCUCCGUCGCGGAAAAAAAGAAAGGACAUGGAAAUUUUACGCGCAAGAAGAAAAUAGGAAAGAGGAAAGCGAAACUACAACCUCCGUAGACACUCGCGUUAACCGCUAUCCCUCGUUUUACUUUGGCGAGAUCUGUUCUUCUAUUUAUCGACGAGAAUGAUCAAUUUUGACGGUCCCUCGAUUUUCUCGUUUUGCCCUGCGUCCCAUUCGAAAAGUCGAGAGGAUGUUUGAACAUCGCGUUUCUCGUGAGAAACUUGCUAAUCAUUUUUAUAUAGUGAACGACCUUUCUUAUUUUUUCAAUCGUAAAAAAUUGAUACACCCACCUACCCACACGUACCUACCUACACACAUACACGAAUAAAAAUGCGUUUAUUGCGUGUAAAAAGAAAGAAGGAAAGAAGCGCUCUUGCACGAUGACAAUUUUCCUCGGGACUGGGCAACGCGAGAUCAACAACAUCACGACUAGUUUACCUCGACGCGAGUUCCACGAAAGACUGAUCUUCGUGAUGGAAACAAAGAAUAGAUACGUCAUGACGCAUUUUUCUAUCGUUUCGCGAAACGUAUCUUUCCCGCAUGCGUGCGCGCGAGGCGGGCAGUAUCAUCUACGUAAAAAAAGAUAUUCGCACUACCAAAUGGAAGUUGCGCUAUAAUUUCCGAUUAGCGAACGAUUAGCGCGUUUCCCACAGGAUGAUCGGUUCGUCGAGUUUGCGCUCGACGAACGACACGCCGAGCUAUCGGCUGUCCUGUGUCAUUGCGUUCGUUGCGAUACGUCGUGUUAUGUAUUAAGAGAUUUCACUGGCAGAGUCGUGCGUAGUAGAGUAACAACACUGGUCUGUCACACGCGUUACGUAGUCCUCGGAGCAUUCGGCGGAGAAGUAGAGAGCUCUGUCGUAGAAAAUGUAGAGCUGCAUUGGCAAGUCCGGUAAAGAUGACGAAUCGGAGCGAACGAACGACGCGCUGAAUGAACACGACAACCACGCAUGAUGGACCCGAACACACCGCGACCAUCCGCGAGAGCGACGAAAAUCGGACCGAGUUUUUAGACAGUUAGCUCUUAGUGCUGCAUGCAUUUAUAUCGACUUGUGCGAUGGUUGUAACCGAGAGGUAUACACCGUACGAACCACGCGUACGUGUGACGUUCCCGAUCCUGCGUAUACCGCGCCGCUUCCUCUUUUACACACAGUCGCGCUGCUUAGUAUUAUUUUUUAACGCGCGGUAUGCGAUUGAUCGAGCAGGCGAGAGAACAUGCUGAAUUACUGAGAAGUAGUAGGAGCUUAGGAGUUAUAGAUAUGUUGUUUAAAUGUAGAAUAGCGUUUGACAUGGGAAUGAGAAUCGGGCACCGACCCCUGGACCUGACCUGGACCUGACCCGACUAACCGAUCUGUGUCCCCUUGAGACUGCUUGGAACGUUUACACAGAGAUCGAUUAUUUCGUUCAUUUUAUUUUUCAUUCUUUUGUGUUUUUCUUUUUUGGUUUUCUCUUUUCUUUUCUUUUUUUUACGUCGAGACAACCUUCGAAGGUUCCAAAAGGAAAAAACUAUUCCUCGUUUCAUCUUACUUUUUUUUUCUUGUUUUCGCUUGAUAUUUGUGCAGAGAAUGAUUACGUGACACGUACAGAGGGAAAAAGAAGACGGAAACGGAAAAGCAAGCAAAGUGAGAGACAAGAGUUUCACGCCGAUCUCCUUUGUUCGGUUUUUACGUUUGUCGCUCCCUCUCUUUCUCGUUUCCCGCUGCCCCGCAUCUCCCAUCCUUCGAAUUCUCUUGAGAUCAUCUCAAAUUUUGUAAAUUGUGAUAUAAGUAAAUAACGAAUGUGUAUAGGUACGAAUAUCCGAAAAAAAUAUGCGAGGACCGACGAUAAAUUCAAUGAAUAUUUUAUUUCUCACGGGAACUUUUCUCCCUCGUAUCCUCUCCCCCUCCCCCUCCCUCCCUCCCUCCCUCCCUCCCUCCUAUUCUAUUUUUCGACGGAGUCUGUGAAUAUUAUGUAUUAUAAUAAUUACUAAUUAUAUUAAAUUUAACUAUGAUUUACGUUCUAACGCUGCUAUCUUAACCGCUAAGAUUACGCUUCUCUCUCCCCGGUUUUCCCCAUCCUCCUUUAUCGAGCUCAUUUACAUCUUUCCGAGUAUCCGAUUGUAAGAUAUUAACGUUUUUCAUGGAUUCGUCCUAGGACAAAAAAUUCAUUUAUACAUACAUAUAUAUACAUAUAUAUACAUAUACAUAUAUAAAUAUAUAUAUAUAUAGGAGAGAGAUGUCGAUUUCCCCCGUUUCCCUGAAAUGAUUUGCAGCUACUGUUCGUGGAACGUAAAUACCGAAGACCAUUGUACAUUGUAUAAAUGAUAUAACGCGUUCACGAGAAACAAAAGCAUCAGGAGAUCGUGCACGAUGCAUGUGUAUCUAUAAUCCGUUUGCGCCAUUCUCUAUCCGCUUCCUUCGCCCCACUCUCAUCAUCUUCUCGGAUACACACACACACACACACACAUAUAUACAAAACACGUAUUCGAUCCACACGCGUCUCACAUACGAGUAUUUCAAUUGUAUUAUAUGUAGACCGCGCAGAGACGGUUGGAAACAUAGAAAAAGAGAGCGCACACCCUCAACAAUUUUCAAUAGGAUCGCACGCGCGUGCACGCGUUGAAUUCGCGCGGCAGACGUGUGUGUCACGCUAUUGUAAAGAUCGUGAAAUUUUAUACAUAACUUUUUUCUCGAUUAUCGACCGCUUUCUAAUGUACAAUGUAUGAUAUAUUUCGUUGACAUAGAUGUUUGAUAUAUAGAAACCAGCAAAUAAAACAAAAAUGAAAGCAAGUGCGUCACUUGCACACGUGUGACUCUGUAUAAAAGUAAAAAGAGAGAAAACAAGGGAAGAGGGAAGAACGUAGCAGCUUUCUUUGUAAGAUAUUGUAAAUAACGAUUUAUUAACGAGAAAUUGACAAAUUCUUAAGUAAUUCUUUCUCUUUCUCUUUCGCUCUCUCUCUCGCUCUCGCUCCCUGUUCGAAGCGGCGAUUGCUCUCGUUGAAACGUUAAAAGGGGGCUUGAAACGACGAAUUAAAUAUUAAAAGGUAGUGUACACUUUUGCGACAAGAUGUAAAACGGUCGAAUCUUUCUUUCUUGAGCGAUCUUUCCGAAAAUCGCUGAGGAACAUGCUCGUUCGAUAUUAAUACAUAGAGACAGACACACACAUACACGCAGAGACACAGGAUGGACACUGUUACAAACGAGGCGAGACGUACGGUUGAUGAAACCUCUCUCGAGACAGACAUUCCAACCGCCACCUCAUCCUCAAUCGCAGACGCAGGGCGCAGGGCCUGUGCACGCCAUCGGAACGUUGACGCGAAUUACGGAUAAACGAACGAACGAAUGAACGCGGAAGAUAUGUAAAACGUGUUUAUAAUAUUUAAGGAGAAUGACGAGAAAAAUAGUUCCUUCAUCCGUGUGUAAUAAUCUCGCGCGCGCGCGCGCGCCUCAUCUGUAUAAAUUAAAAGGUCGAGAAGUAUUCUCUUUCUCACUCUCACUCUCUAUUUCUCUCUUUCUCUCUCUCUUUCUCUCAUCUGUAGAUUCAUCGAUCACCCUGUCAAAUUUACAUGAAACGAUAACGCGAAGCUAUAUAUAAAUUAAGCGAGAAGAAGCUUCACCAUGCAUAAAAGAAAAAGGUACGGAGCGAAAAAAGUCGAACGCAAAAUCUCAUAUCUUAUCUGUUAAGAUUAUCGGUUUGCCUAUAUCAUACACUCUCCUUUAUUAUUAUUAUUAUAUUAUUAUAUAUUAUUAUAUUGUAUUGUGUAUUAUUGUCGCUAUUAUUGCUAAUAUGCUAUCGACAUAUUGUUUGAUUAACGGGUCUCCCUUUUCCUCUAUUUGAUUACUCGUUUCUGCCUAUUGCUAAUUAGUAAGGCAUGUGUAAAUAUAUGUAUAUGCAUAUAUUACCGCACUCGCACCGUAUAUACAUAUAUACACAUAUGCACAUGCAUAUAAAUAUAUAUAUAUACAUAUACAUAUAUACAUAUACGCAUAUAAACUCGGCACACACACACACACACAUACACACACAUAUGUAUCACAUUUAUAAAUAUGAUAUAACGUAUUCGAAGUACAUUCUCUCAUUAAUCUAUCCGAUUCCGAUGAAGUUUCUAUUUCUCGGAAAACUUGGUAUGGACGUCUCUAGGGGUAGAAAAUCACAUUUAUACACCUAUUGCGCUCUGUCGUCAUAUAUAUAUAUAUAUAUUUCUCUUUCUCUCUCCAUCUCUACUUAGGCUCCUUCCCCUCCCCUCGUGUAUCAGAAGAA